AUGCCCGCGCAGGGCGGGGAGCGCCAUGAAGGCCGCAAGAACUACGUCUUCGUCGAUGAACACAACAGGCACAAGCGGCUAAAAGUGAUGAGAGCCUGCAAUGGCUGUCGCAAACGCAAGAUCAAGUGCGAUUCGGCGACGACCAACAUCUGGCCGUGUUCCGCCUGCACCAGACUGAAGCUGGUCUGCAUUCCGCCGUCCAUCGACCAGGAGGGAGAGGCCUCGGGCCACGAACAGAUACUCGACUUCAGCCAGCCCAUGCUCAACCAGAGCUCCGGCAGCAUCACCUCUGCUGCCUCCUCGCAGCCGCUCUCGAUAGCGAGCACCCAGCCGUCCUUCCACGCGCGAGAAUACUAUCCCGCCGAACCCUCGCGCCGGGCCGGUGACCUGCGCGGCUACGAGAGCGAUUCCCAGCUAUACCAGUCGCAACAGCCGUACCUGACCUCUCCCACCGACGACGGUCGAUUCUACCACCACUCGCCCCUCGAUGCGUCUGCGUCGAUGCAGCAGUCCUUUCACUAUGCUCCGACCUCCCACCCGCCGCCGCAUCCUCGAGAUCCGCCGCAUGCUCUCCCGCACCAGUCUCAUCCGCCUCCGCCACAGUUCACCGUAUCGACCCCCCAGCAGCCACUGAUACAAGUCGCAGAGCCGCCGCAGGACACCCACCCACAGGAUCUCACACACGCAUUCGACGAGCUCAAGAUUGACGAGACAGGCAUUGCUCCGUAUAUCAAUCAAGAGUCAAAAGACCACUCGAAGUCCCGAACGGCCCUGACAGAAUGCGAAGAGUCGCUUCCCUCGCUGUACAGCGGAUCCGGCUCGUCUCUUCAGUUCCCGGCAGAGCUGAUGCCUUCGGACAGCGAGGCAAUGGGGUAUUUCAAGAUCUACUUUGACGAUAUACAUCCAUACCUGCCCGUCGUGCCGAGAAACUACUUCUACGAGCAGUGGCGGCGCGAGAAAUGGGAUAUCUCGCCUUUACUGCUGAGCGCCCUGUUCGCGUGCUCGGCCAGGGCGCUGAACGAUACAGCAAAAGCUACAAAGUGGCUUGCCCUAGCUAAUAAGUUCGAACCCGAGUUCAUGGAAGCACCGCGUCUGAGCACCGUUCAGGCACUGUUGCUCAUCAUGAAGGCGCGAGAGGCAAUGCCCCGUCCCGGAUACUACUACCGAUCGUGGCAGACAGUAAAGACCAUAAUUUCCAUGUCCAAGGAUCUGGAGCUCCAUCAACAUUACCAGUACCACGCCGAGGGGAAACUGUGUGGCUACGAUACGGUGGAAUGUCUCAUCCGCACGCGCGUUUGGCAGACGACCCUCGUCGUGGAAAUCAUGGUCGGAGGCCCGCAGGGCCGCUCCGAAUUCGGUGUCGAAACAGAUACGGUAGAAACCCGGCCGUCAUGGGAUAUCCCGAACCUCGAUGCCUACGAAGCCGAACGGUCCCGCCAAUUCGGCUAUUUCGUCCACAACGCCCUCAACAUCAGACGCAUAGUUGACACCUUCCACAAAUUAAAGAAAACAAAGGACUGGGGCGCCAACCCACAGUUUUCCAGGAAUAACCCUCUUUUCGAAGCAUGGUAUAACAGCCUCCCACCGGAUCUCAUGGUGACUUAUCCACCAGACGGCUCGCCACCGUGGAUACCCUCCCAUUUUGUUGCCAAUAUGCAUUCCCACUUCGAGCUGGCAAAGGUCAUGCUCCAUCGCCCGCAGUUUGUGGCUGCGAGCUCUUUCCCCGCAGGCGGAGAAUGGAGACAUCAUUUUUCUAUAUGCUAUCGCUCGGCUAAGGCGCUGUGUCGACUGCAAGAGGCCCUUCUAUCGUCGUUCGGGGUGGCGGGAUUCCUAUGCAUGCAGAGAGGGAUCAAUUUCUCCAUCUACUGCAUCUUGACUAGUGUCAUGUUACACUUGAUCGCUAUCACGUCUCCUGAUCCGGAGUUUAACAAGGAUUCAAGGUCUUACUUUACACGCCACAUGCGCGUGCUGGAACAGUGUAGUUCGUCCUGGCCAAUGACCGACCUGCAGUCACAGCUUGCUGCUCUCCGUCUGGCCUUCUCCGCCGAUAUCAACAAGCCGUUCGAGCUCAAACCUACUUUCCCAUAUGGCAGCCCAGCUGCCCAGUCAACUCAACCGUUACCGGCUAGCGAGCCGCUAUACCAUUCCCCGUCCUAUAGCGAGGGCCCCCACGAAGCUACCCCGUCACAUCUAUCCUUCAACGACUCCUACCCCAUCAGUCCUCCCGUAUCCGCCCAAACAAGUGCCAAACCAGAGUCGCCUGCCACGGGCAAUUAUGGCCUCCUACAACCGUACGAUACUACACGUCCACCACCUACUAUGAACGUACCGCUAGUGGAUGAGAAUAGCUGGAACCCUUCUAGAAUCAUAACGCAAUGGGACCUUGCUUUUGCAGGAAACAUAAACUCCAAUUCCCCACCAUCCGCCACAUCGAGCUCCACAACCAGCACCGUGAUGCCCGACCCGCAUUCAUUAUAUCCUUCCUCGCUCUCAACCACAAGCCCUGCCUCUGCGCCCCAAUACCCGGACUAUUCACAAACCACCCUUGUACCAUUGGUCGACCCGAACCAUGCACCACAAGUCUCCAUGCCUACACAGCAAUAUAACAUGCUACCUGUCGUGAUGGGUGCGCGUGACUGGCAAAGGAGUGUCGCCAGCGUCAUCGAUCCCGAAGGCGCGAAGCGACGAUGGGAUGAUACCGACGAUUAUGGCGGCGAGCAAUCUAAGCGGAGGAGAUGA